CCUCCUUCCCUCCCUCCAAAAAGAUCAUCAUGGUUGUGACUUGUGACUUGUGUCCUGGUGUUGCCAAAUACGAAGAAGCAUCGGAGCUCUCAAAGGUAAACCCAGUCAAUCCAGGGUUUAGUCCCGUGUUGAAUGCGUUUGGAUGAACGUAGCAACUAUCAGAGCUGAUUCACUCACCAACGGCCCAAAGGUCCAGAGAGCCUUUUCUUCGACCAUUUCAAGCUCCCAGUUAAAGAAGAAAAUGAAGAGCCUGGUUUUGGUUUCAUUGGUUCUGCUCUACCAACAAUCUCUGGUUCAAUGUCGGGCGUUCCCUCAGGAUCUAAUAUCUUCAGAAGAAGGAUACAGAUACCCAGAGCCAUCCAAUCCUCUUACUCUCCCACCACGAAAGUCCACAACCACCAUCAUAACAACAAAAACAACUACUACUACUACAACUACUACAACUACUACAACUACAACUAUUACUACUACUACUUCUACUACCACUUCAACUACAUCAAAAGAUGGCUAUGAUUAUCCAGUGCCAAAUAAUCCUUUGACAUUGCCCUCAAGGCCAACCACCACUACAACCACCACUUCAACCACCACUACAACCACCCCUACAACAACCACAACAGUCACGACAACUAAUGCAACAUCAACCACCACAACAACUACAACCACGACGACAACUACUGCCACUACAACAAUUACAACCACUACAACUAUUCCAAUCCCUUCAACGACGGGCUAUGACUACCCAGAGCCAGACAAUCCAUUAACCCUGCCUACCAGACCAACGACCUCAACAACAACUAAAAUAACAAUAACCAACGCAACAACUACUAUAACUACGACAACUGCAACCACAACAACGACAACUACAAACCCAACGACUACAACUCCCAAGACAACUACAACCACAACUACAAUUGUCCCAACCACAUCAAUAGCGGGUUAUGAUUAUCCAGAGCCAGAGAAUCCACUAACAUUGCCUUCAAGCUCCUCAACCACCACUACCACCACGACUACCACCAUAACAACAACUGCAACGAAGACCACAACCCCAGGGUAUGAGUAUCCUGAACCAGAAGACCCUCUGACAUUACCUGCAAAGCAGACGACCACAACAAGAUCGACGAUAACCACGACAGUAAAAACAACAACAACAACAACAACAACAACGACUCAUUCUCAGACCACAACCCUUGGGUAUGGGUAUCCUGAGCCAGAAAAUCCUUUAACAUUGCCUGCACAAGAAAUUUCGAUGAUACCGACAAUAGUCACAACAAAAACGACAACAGCAACAGUAACAACGGUGACCACUUCCACUUUUACUUCUACUAGUCUUAACCCUACUUUGAAUACAGAGAACACAGUUGCAAUUGAGUCAACAACUGCUUAUAACUACAAUGAUGCAGAGGCAUCUCUAACACAACGCUCAAAGGCCCCCUCAAUAGAAACGUCAACAACUAAAACCACGACAAUAACAGCUUCUACUACUGACAUCCCAAUAACAACAACUACUACUAGCACUACUACUGUAGCUACUACCGUUACUAAGACUAUAAUAGCAACAACAACAAUAACAACAACGAGUUCAUCAACAAGUACAAGAGCACCCUUUGAAUUGAACAAGGAUCUAGAGGAAGAAACUCAAUCCAUUGCCAAAUUCGAUUCGUCAAUGAUAAAGGAGAUCACUCGUUCAAAUCCGAGGAUCACAACGCAAAGGGCUGAUCCCACACUCGCCUCUACUCCAAACUCACUUUCAACCUCCCAGACGGUUGUCAAUGGGCCAUCCACCCAUUUCUCGAUGGACACUCCUUUCACUAUGAAACCCACAACUGCGAGUCCAACUACAACUGCAACUGCAACUGCAAACGAAUCCACCGAGCAAGAAACUGUUACGCCCUUCGACGCUUUCACUGAGAAGAUUUCCACUGCCUCAUCCACCGAUGACGAUGAUAAAGUGUCAGUCACCUUCAGCACUGAGAAUCCUUCUAGUGUACAAACCACGCCGUAUGCAAUCCCCAAUUUGCCCAGUUUCACGGAAGAAGACGCAACAGUGACGCAAGAUAUGCCUUCUAGAUUGGAAGAUGCCGCCAAUGCAAUUCAAAAUAUAUCAACCGACGACACCCCUGUCAAGACAGACUCCACAGCUCCCAUCUUUCCGCCUUGUCUCACCGGUUGCGAAAAUACUCGCCCAAGGCCGCCUUGUCCAACCUCCGUCCAGGGAUUGGAUCCGAACCUCGUUCUUAUCCCAGGGAUCACUUGCAUUAUUGGCAAAUCUGUGGAAUAUGAAUACGCCGAAUAUUCUCUAGAGGAAGAGGACGGGGAGGAAGGCAAAUCGCUCCCAUUUUCCUUUGAUAUAGGAAACGGGUCCGUGAUCGAAUUCAUCACCAAGACUUGCAGUCAGGUGCUCGAGGAAGGCCUCGAAGUGCCCAAUCCUGGGGUCAAUUGUGUUGCGCUACAUUUUGGUGCCACAGAUCCAGAGUUCAACGAGACUUCGACAGAAUAUGACUAUUACGACUUUCUGCCUGAUCCAGAUAUACCUGAACUGAGAAACCUUCCGGCCAUUAGCAAUCAAAACCAGUUUCCUCAACAUCUUAUUGAUGAGAUCUUGAAUUUGCAACAAGAGAUCAACGGCAUUGAAGACGAUCUCAUGUCCAAGGGGGUCACAGUUGCUUUAGCAGUUCAAUCGGCCCGACCGCACACAACUCCAUUAACUACUCCCAGGACCACGAGCACGACCAUCAAGCCUUUUUCGUCACAAACGAACACAACACCGUCUACCACUUCUGCAAUUCCUGUCAUAACUACUGCAUCCACAACAUCGACGACGACGACGACGACAGCAACAACAUCAUCAACAACAGCCACAACAACUGUGAGGAUCAGUCCAAGGCAAAACCCUCCCGGAAAUGGACCAAAGGAGAUCCCUUUCGAUCAGUUGAGUGUGGAGGAACAACUCAAGAUCCAUAAUCAGCCCAUAUUGAUGAAUAUUAGAGCAAUGCAGCCGGAAAUGGAACAACUGACCAACCUGAUCAAUAUCAUCAACCGUCCACGGCCCAAGAUUACAUUCAGGGGAAAAGAUAUAGACAUCGCAUUGCCUGUGGUUUAAACAAAUAUAGCGCAUUAUAAGUUAUUGCUUUAAGAGUCUCCUGUGCCAUGAGUAUCCUAAUGAAUAUAUAAAUACAUGUCUUUUUC